CGAUCUUCUUCCAUCUCCACUCAACCACAUAGAUUCAGAGGCGAAACUGUCGCGUCUAUAUAUUGCAUUUAGCUACCCCUUGAUGAUCACACAAUUCCAUGAUAUACUUAUGCUCUUUUCAGGCUUGGAAAAAAUGGAUCAAUAACCCAACCCACUUAUCGUUGGAGGCGUUCAAAACUGCCUAAACCGGCCGUGCCAAGACGGCCGGAGCAAAUGAAACGCUAUUCUGAUCCUUCUGGCUGAUUGCAGCACGUAUAAGGGGAUUAUCCAUCGCCAAUGCAGCACCGCCAAGACCUCCGCCAUGAAAUUAUCGAAAGUACUCCGCCAUCGAGUGGUGUGGUGUCCACAGACCCAACACCAAUUUAUGGGGAUGAAGGAGCGCCAAAACAAUAUCGGUUGGUGCGGACACAUGUCAGAGAUGUUCUUUUUUGCCAGGUAAGUUUCUCUCUAUCCCCGGCUGACUCGGCGAAUUGAGGUCCAUGGAGUCAACGAAAGAAAACCAGCAAGAGGCCCGUAUGAGGCAUACGAGCAGUGGCUAUAGCACACCCGGUCCACUCCAAGACGGUGUUGGCGCCAAUGAACUAUGCUGGCUCCGAAGCUGACAGCACCUUCUUCGCACUGGCGUUGGACCCCUAGAUAAUCUACCCGCUGGAGUACCCCAGGUGGAAUGGGGGGAUCAUCGAUGUGGGGGCUGCCUGGGAACAGCGGCGUUAGGUAGGAGGGUUACCGAUGCACCCUCCCUCACCAGGCUGGCUCCUGGAGGCGGCUCCUGGUGGAUGUGGAAUCUCCCCUACCUACUUUCCAUUCCUCUCCUUUCUCUCUCUUCUUUCUUCCCUUGUCCUACUGAUCGCACCUGUUUUGGAGCGAACAGUCAAGCCACGAACGAGGGACGAUAUGUCGCCCGCCACCACGCCAACAGCUCUACUUUGGACUUUACCUCUGGUCCUCGUCCAUGCCGCCUCCAAAUUUUCCUUCCCCUCGGCCGCCCGUGGCCUCCUCUCCUUCGCCGUCCCCAGCGUCCUCUCUCCCAGUCCCGCCAAACCCGUCUCGUUGCGCCCUAUAGACCCACAAAUAGCCGCCCAGCGCGCAAGCACCGACUGCCUCGAUGGCCUUCGAGGGGUGGCAGCCUUUGCUGUCAUGAUCUUUCACUACAGUUCAUUCGCCUAUCCCAAUAUCCGAACCGCGUAUGGCUACAACGGCAACACAAACCUCUUGAAGCUGCCGUUUGUGAAGAUAUGGUACAGCGGUGGCUUCAUGGUCUUUCUCUUCUUCGUCAUCUCCGGAUAUGUGCUCUCAGCCCGAGCCGUUCGGCUUAUGCUUCGACGAGACCGUGAUCGGAUCCUUCCAGUCCUAUCCAGCAUGACCUUUCGCCGAGUUGUGCGUCUCGGCCUGCCGAGUCUCGUCAUGUCCUUCAUCAGCUUUCUGUGCCAGCGCGCCCAGUUACUCGAUAAACCGUGGCCACACUAUGUUCCAGGACUGUGGGGUGAUAUCAGGUUCUAUUUUGAGAAUCUCCGCGACCUCUUCACGUUCUACAACUGGAACCAGUUCCAUAUCUACUACCUGCCGCCGCUGUGGACAAUUGCCGUCGAGUUCCGCUGCUCGAUGAUCCUUUUCCUCCUUCUCUUGGGAAUUGCGCGUUGCCGGACAGGCCCGCGGCUGCUCAUUGAGGCGCUUGUCUUCGUUGACACGAUGCUACAUGACCGCUGGGACCUGGGCUGUUUCGUUCUCGGCCUCCUCGCUGCUGAGAUCCACGUCGGCACGCAAGAAGCCGCAUCGCAACGCAGCAAAGAGGAGGGUCUCCUGCAUAAUGCGGACGCUACCGACUCCUCUUUUCAAUACGACGACGGUAGAAAUGGAAACGCUACCAAUCAACGCCGCCGCCGCAUCCUCAAAAAGUUGGGCCUCUGGGCUUGCUUCAUUGCAGGCAUGUACCUGGGCUCCGUGCCCACAGAGCACACCUGCGAAACACCAGGCUAUGCCACGCUCUGCAAGCUCACCUGGCAUGGGGAGAAGUGGCGCUACAUCGCAUUGCCUGGCAGUUUCCUUAUCAUUGUCGGGAUUUUGUAUCUGCCUAUUCUACAACGCCCGUUAGUCGCCCCGGCGGCACGCUAUCUGGGUCGCGUGAGCUAUGCUCUAUAUCUCGUUCACGAACUUGUUAAUAUGCUUAUUGGGAAGGGAAUUAGAAACGCGGGAUGGGCGCUUCUUGGAAAAACUGGAGUGAUGUACCAUUUUGGAUAUGUAUUUGGACUGGUGUUCUACGUGUCGCUAAGCUUAUGGCUCGCCGACAUGUUCAUGAGGGCUGUGGAUAUGCCCUCCACGAAUCUGGCCAGGUGGCUGGAGGAGAAAUGUGUUGAUAAGUCGUAAUUGUCAAUUACCCCAUGGCGUUUGGAACGGUUUAUUGCACAGUGCGUAACCCAUAUAGAUACCUCAUUUAACAAACAGCAUAAUUUAGACUUUCAUAUACAUAUUUAGUGUCAUCUGGCUUUAGGGAGGGGGCAUUGCGAUGCUCGAGUCGCGGGAGAAUGUGUCGUUCUGUUCAAUGCUCACGGGCGAUUGAGACAACCAUCAAUAUUUGUGACACACAGUAAGUCAAUCAACGUCGCAGCUUUGGUGGGUGUGGUGUUGGCCGCCUCUCAUAAGGAGAUGACAGGCCGAGACGCUAUUAUCUAAAUUUAUGGCUAUCAAGUCUCGGCUUGUUACUUGGCACUUCGGCAACUAUGGGAAACAAUCGUUUUCAAUCCCUUCAAUGGCUAAAUCGACUUAAAUAUGCUUUUAUCCUCGAUCAUGUCUCCUGCUGUAUAUCCAAAUGCCACCAAAUAUGUCAAGCCUCAGUUGGCGGCCUUUCGGCUUUACACCGCUCACAUUCGCACUCCAUUCCCAACCAGGGCAAUAGGCUCUCUUGCCUCUCCGCAUAGUCCAUCGUCAACGGCCUUAUAUACGAGAUAAAUAGC